CUGUGAACAUCCGCCACUGUCGCUCGGUCCGCCUCUCUCCUCCCGACUCAACUCGGCUGUUCUCGUCGAGAAGCGACCAAGUGGCGGAGGAAAGGGAAAGGAGAGAGGGGGAGACUGGUCGUACUGGGAAGGAGAAAAAAAAAGAAAAGUAAACGACAAUUGAAUAUUAACAAGCAACCGUCAGCGGAAAGUGGAAGCGGUACGGAUCGGCAGCUUUGAAGUGCCCAGUGAGGUAGCUGGUUUCCCACAGUCUAUGGUGUAAACACAUUAGUGUAGUUGUGACAUUGCGCCGUGAGCGACAGAGCAGAGGGAAAGGUCUCCUCCCAGUCUGUUGACGGAUACAGUUUGGCUUCAGUGAAAGGAGACACGGCUGACCUGACUGUACAUUACCCCGGCCAGAGGUAUCCAAGGCCUCUGCGGACCUCAUGAACUACUGCAGUGAACACGCCAGAAAUGACCCUCUCCUUAUGGGCAUCCCCACUUCAGACAAUCCCUUCAAGGACAAAAAACCCUGCACUAUAUUGUAGUGGAUGCCACUUAGCCUUUAUGUGUUUUUUUUUUUUUUUGCUUAUUAAUGUUGCUGUAUUCUUUUUGUUGGGAGGAGUGAGGGGUGGACUGUGAUCGUAUUAUUACCAUGUGUUCACCUGUUCUGUUAACAAUUCAGCAAUCCAACCACCAUUUUCUUUAAAAACAGCAAUUUGUAAUGAGUAAAAAAAAAAGAAGAAAAAAGCCCCACAACCUGUACUAUUCUCUGAUAUUUCCCCUGGCAGUGCCACUGUUCAGUUUGAGCUCCGACCACUAACAAGACUUUGGCUGCAUGAGGAGUGAUGGCAUCAGGUACAUGAUGUUGCUGAAAUAAUAAUGAGCAGAUGUUAUUGUUUGAAUGUUGUAACAGCACUGGCACUCAUCAAUGAUUUGGUCCUUCCUAUGUAAACAGUCUCAUCUCCAUUGGGCUGUGACUGUUCGCUCGUCUCGCUGGUUUGCCUUAAGUGGAUUCAUGCAGCCAAAGUUUCCCCUCAGUCCUUUAAAAGCAUAUUAGUUUUAAGAUGGAUAAUAAUGGCUCUUAUCAUGUGGCUUCAGACUUCAUUUCCACCAGUAUUUUCCAGAUGUUGUGCAGUUUAGAUCACUGGAUUCAGGGGUUGGGGUUUACCUUGAGCUUUUAUUCAAAUGUUACCACAAUGUAUCUUUGAUUGGGACGGUAAUGUCGCCUUAUCUGGUGUUAGAAUUCAGAUACUCAAAGUAUUCUGCAACCGACUGGUCCAUGACAAUCCACAUGCCAUUUAACUCAUUGUAUUCCUGUCUGGGAUUUGCAGUAUGAUUACCAUAAUACAGUGUUGUCUUUAGCCUAUUUAAUGAACCAUCAUGUUGAGAUAAGUUCCAUAUAAGCAUCUUAAAUCCAAGAUUAUCUUUGCUCAGAUUCAAGCCAUUGGGAUAAUAUGACCCCAGUGCUGUGAUGCUUUUUGAAAUCUGUCAGCUGUACAUGUAAAAUACAAUUAAUGAAGCGAAAAUGAAAAUGCUUUAUCACAUGAAUGCAGUGCAGAAUUAUGUUUUUUUUUUUUUUUUACUUAAGUGUCAGCUGCCAUUGUGUGUUGGGCAACACUGUGUAAUGAAGACCCUGGGACCAAGCUAAACCAAUGAUACUGCAUUGCAAAACAUCUAAAUAUGCUUUUUAGCCAUUCCUACUGAAAACUUUCUGUGGUACGCUAUUUUUAGGACACUGACGGCACGAUGUGCGUCAGUGAGUGUUACGCAACUCUCUGAGCCACGCCUACUUGCUCAUCACAAGUGUCUUAGUGGAGCGAAUGUGCACAUGGUUCGUUGUCUUAAAGUGUUGUAGGUACAGGUGUGAAUGGUAGUGUGCAUUGAUGAUAAAAACCACUCUCCCAAGACUGUUUUUUUUUCACGUUUUUCAAUUUACACUAUAACAUUUGUGUCGGUGCAGGUCUUCAAUCUUCAGUCUAACAUGUCCUUCAUGUUGUGAUUUUCUGGGGGAACAUAUCUGCUAUGGUAAAAUUUAACAAAAACAGAAUAGAUAGCAUAAAUAAAACACUUUUCACUCUAAAGCCUUACAUAUGUUUGCCUUGUAUCAUGAAGAAAACUCUGAAUGAGAGUGCUUUCUUUAAAAAAAAAAAAAAGAUAUUUCUAUCGAAUGUUUUUAUUUGUGGGAUGAAAGUGAUUUGUAACAAUAUUGUGCCAUCUGUUUUUGUCCACAUGCAGAAUAUGUUAAACCGUGUUUCACUUACCUGGUGCUCCACUUUUCAGCAGUUUUUGGUAUUGUUGCCUUCUCCAAAGGGUACGUUCAGGUCUUCAAAUCAGUGAGAUCUGGUGUUAUUAUCAGUUGUAUUUUUUAUGAUUGUCUCUAACAGUCAGUUCUUCUUACUUGCAAUAAAUCAUUCCAGUAUGCCUCUUAAGGAAAAGGUCAGAUUACCACUGCCAUGUCAUGAUUUCUGUCCAUUCAGCAACUCUGUAACGGCCUUAUUGUACCAUUGAUAGAUUAAUUUAACUGUCAAAAUCUGCAUUUUUGAUAAAUGUCUUUAUUAAUAUACCGACCUUUGUAUGAAGACUUAACAAAGAUUAAUAAAGUGAAGCAUUCCUACAGUACAAAACUGUACUAAUAUCUCAAUAAAGAUGUGUUGUGCUGCACAGUCGGAAGAUU